AUGAGAAGCGCCCACCAAUUAAUAACUCAAUUUGAACUUAAUGGUUUCACUCUGCCCUAAAUGGAAAAGAAUAUGUGCAUAACCUUUCUAAAGGAUCUCCUCCAAUAAAAUCCUAUCGAUAUGGAAUUCAUACUUACAAAUACAUCUCCAUCUGAAUCAGAAAGGAAAUUACUUACAUCAAAAUCGAACAUGCUGCAAUUGCUUAAUGAGGAUAAAGAUCCAUCUGUGAUCAAACCUAUAUUUGAUUAUAGUCAACUAGAGAAUCUUAUUCCUAAGAAAAAUAGAAACAAAAUCAAUGAAAUAAAAACAAAAGUUGAAACAUUGCUUAAUAGUAAUAACAUAGAUCCACCCUUAACUAUUAAAAAGAGAUGGUGGACGGAGGAAGAAGAUCAACAACUUAAAGAAUUAGUAACAUAACAUGGAGCAAAAAAUUGGAAAAAAAUAGCAUCAUACUUUGAAGAAAGAACAGAUGUCCAAUGUUUACAUAGAUGGCAAAAAGUGCUGAAUCCAGAUUUAGUUAAAGGUCCCUGGACACAAGAGGAAGAUGAAUUAUUAGUUAAAUUAGUAAUAAAUUAUGGACCGAAAAAUUGGAGUCAAAUUGCAAAGCAUUUACCAGGAAGAAUUGGAAAACAAUGUAGAGAGAGAUUUCAUAAUCAUCUAGAUCCCAAAAUUAAUAAGGAAAGAUGGACUGAUGAAGAAGAUUAAACAAUUAUUGAAGCUCAUAAAAAAUUAGGCAAUAGAUGGUCGUUGAUUGCUGGCCUCUUAAAAGGUAGGACUGAUAAUUCUAUUAAAAACCAUUGGAAUAGCACUUUAAAAAGGAGAUUGAAAAUGUAAAAUAGAUGGGAAGAUCUUUAAGUUCAUCCAAGAUAAGAUGAAACCUCAGUUAAAGGAGUUCCCAGAAGAUAGGUGCAAAGAAGAAUUAUGUAUUAUAAAACACCAGAAAAACUGAUCAAGAGAGAUCCAGUGUCUAGAUAAUUGAAUUUCUAAACUCCUUACUCUAAUACUACUCCAAAGUCUGAAUAAACACCCAAAAAUCUGAGUAUUGUUUAUCCAAAUCUAUUAGUCAAGGAUGCUUUAAAGAUAGACUCUUGUUCAGUAUUAUUCAAAUAAUUGAGUGAAUUAACCAAUUUGAAUCUUGAUUUCAAUAAAUAAUAUAGUUACAAAUGA